GUUCGCUAUCUUUUGGAAUGGAUGGAGGAAGACGUAGAAGAAGCAGACGAAGCUGACGAUACAGUGAAGCCAGAGCUCUGUCACCCAUUAUGCCAGUGCUCAAAAUGUGAGCCAAUACAAAAGAAGCUUGCAAGAAUCCCUGCUAAUGGACUUGGAGUAAAUGUUACAAACCAGGAUGGCUUUACACCACUACAUGUGGCUGCGCUGCAUGGGCACCCUGAGUUAGUCUACCUUUUGUUGAAACACGGUGCCAAUAGCAGUGCAAAGAAUAUGAACCAUGCCGUACCUCUUCACCUGGCUUGUCAGAAAGGUCACUUUCAGGUAGUAAAGUGUCUAGUGGAUUGCAAUGCUAAACAAAAUAAAAAGGAUGUACAUGGAAAUACUCCCUUAAUUUAUGCUUGCUUGAAUGGCCAACAUGAGAUUGCUGCCUUGUUGUUAGAGCAUGGGGCCUCUGUUAACCUUUCCAACAGCAAGGGAAAUACAGCACUGCAUGAGGCUGUGAUAGGAAAACAUGAAGUCUUGGUAGAGCUGUUACUUCAGAAUGGUGCUUCGAACCACAUUAGGAACAAAAGGCAAUGUACGCCUCUUGACUGUGCUGAGCUGAAUUCAAAUAUCAUGAAGUUGCUACAAACAGCACCAAGCUAUGCACCAACAUCAGCGGAGGGAGGAGAAACAGACUAUGAGCAGCAUGUUACUAUCAAUAUCAGGAAAAAAGUAAAUGUUAAGUUACCUGAGACAGCAGAUGAUCCCAUCAGCAGACGACUUCAACUGGUCCAAUCAAUCAACAGAUUUAACAAAUCAAAAUAUUUACGGAGAACAAUAACAAGAGAUAAAAGUGUCCCUAAUUUUGAUGACGAAUUAUUGCAUCAGUUAGCUAUUAAGAGCUUUGAUAAGACCAAGUUAAAACCUAUUGACCAGAUGUUGGACCAGAGCAAAGUUAAGAUUAUUGAUGCAGAAAGCAAUGGUGAACCUGUGAAACAGGAUGAUGUGAUAGAUGCUCCUCUUAGAAGUAAACUAAUGCACCGAAGACAUACAGUUAGUGUGGCACUUUCAGCAGAGAAUGUCAGUGACGACAGUGAUUUAUCCAACACAAGAGAUCCAAGUAUUUCACUGUCAAAAGACUGUUCUGGUGACUUGCUAUCAAAACACUAACAAGGAAGUGUGAAUUUGCUGUCAAAAACUAAAGAACCAGAUGGUGCCAGUUUCAAAAUCCUCCUGCUGGGCAUUAAAGAAUUAAAUGAAGCUUAGAAACUGCUUUCAAAAAUGGAUCAUAAAGAUGAAUCUUUAGCAAAGGCAGAAUGUUCCCGUACGGCUUGCACUUUUGAAGACUGAAUCCUCUGUUUAUCAUGGAAACCCCUCCCCAGCCAAUUUGUGACUGAUUUCAGGAAACUGAGACAUAUUGAAAUGUCAAAGUAUUUAGACAGAAAGAAGUGAUUGUUUCCCAUUCCACUUUCAAAGCACUUAUUAAGAAAUUACUUAUAACAGUAGAGGGGAGAGGCUAUAUGGGUACUUUCUAGCUGCCUACUCCUGUUUUUUAAAGGGCAUUGAAUUGUUUUUUUCUUUUCAGUUUUGUCACUAAAUUGGUUAUAUUUAUUGCCAGAAGGAAUUCAAAAGUCCCUAUUUUUAUUAUAAUGCUAUGAACCACUAUAGUGUUUGUUUAAUAGCAUUUUAGACAUUAAUGUAAUUUCUGUAUGUUGCAACUGGCUGCGCAAACAGUCCAUAAAAAUCUACAGUAUGAUGUAAAGACCUUUAAAUGAGAUGAACAUGAACAGUAGUAUCCUGCAGUCCCUAUACAGACAAAGCGCCCACUGAUUUCAGUGGAACAUUUACCUGCAUAGGGUCUGUAGGAUCAUGUACUACUGGGAAUGAAAUAAAGUAAAAUGCUCUUGACACAGAACAGCUUUGGACUGAAGAAUGUUCAGAUCCCAAUUAAAAUAUUCAUGUCUGUGCAGAAACAAGCAUACUUAACACACACAGUUGGCUUUUCUCCCUGAACAAAUCAGACAAAGCCACACACAUUCACACUUCCGCACGAAGCCUACAGCUACUAGGUAAGUGAUCUGGCAGGGAAAGUAAGAGUUUGCAGAAACUGGCUGCAUGUUAUCCUAUUUUAAAAGGUGAUAUUUUAAAGGAUGCUCAUAGAUAACUAGAUGGAAGCUUAGAUGUGGAACCUGUUAACAUGUUUUCAGUUUAAAUUUUCUUUUAAAAAAGUGUGAGUUAAAAAGAGACUGCAGUAGCACAAUUCAGAUUCUUAAUGAUAGUUUUGGUUUACAGGUGGUCACAUCCAAUUAAUCUUUUGUUUUUUUAUAAAAUAGUAAUAUAGAACAUUUUGAUUUUUUAUGGUGAUAUUGAUACUAUGCUUAGGGCACUGUGAAAUUGGAGGACUUCUCAUGUGAUUGUUUUCAAAUAGAUGUUUAAUGAGAGAAGUAAAAGGUGCAGCCUGUACACACCACUGAAAAAACUCUAAGAUGAAGGUUGCAUGUAUAUUUUUCUAAAUAAUUUGGGUUCAUUUAAUUUUUUAACUUGCCUUUGGAUUUGUGCCAAAUAUUGGAAAAGAAAAAUAGUAAAAGUAAUGAUUCUUAAAAAUGUUCUUAACUUUGACUACUUAUUUAAAAACUGACUCCCUUUAGCACUUUCUUCUCACUGUUGGUGGUGUAACUUAAUGUUUGACUAUUUUACUUUAAGCCUAAGGAUGGUUUAAUUGAUCUUUUGGAAUAGUUACAUUAAGUUGGGAUGGCUUCCUCUUCCCUACACCUUCAUAUUACCACAGAAGAAAUGAACAUGCUUUUCCCCCUUUCAACUUUAUUCUUUAACCUAAUAUAAAGGCCUGCAUAUAAAAGGGAAAAAGUUGCAGAAGCAGUUGGAUUUAAAUGGGUAUUUCCUAUUUCUAGGUGACUUCUAUGUAUGUCCUUCCCUCUCUGCCCCAUACUGUACAUUCUAGUUAUAAACAACUUGAGAGAAAGGAUGAGCCUGUGCUUAAAUUACAGCAGGAGACAUGGACUGUACUUUUGGUUCUCAAAACAGACUUUGAAUGUGACCUAUGGCAAAUCCCUUAUUGUUACUCUAUGUAAAACUGGAUUAAUUACCUACGUACAUAGGGUUGUUUCAUGGACAAAUUUAUUUUCUAUAAAGUGCCUGGAGAUGUUUAGCUGGAAGGUGCAAGGUAUUAUUUGUAAAUUUAAGAUUAAAAUAUGGGUAAACUUAUUUAAAGAGAAAGCUUGAGCACAUUUUUAUAAUUGAUUUGUGGAGAUUAACUUCAGUUUUUAAUUACAGCAUUCUCUUAAAAGAUUGCCUGUCUACCUGCUUCAGUAAAAAAUGAAGUUGGAUGAGUCAGUUAAUUAGAUGCUUUUAAUAGUUACAAUAGUAUAUUACCAUCAAGUAUAAAAAGAGAUAUGGAAGUAAGAAUUCAAUGCAAUAUAUUCAAAACAGUCCAAGUGUACUUUAUUAGGUAUUUAUUAUAAACCUAUUAUGCAGACCAGCCUUAGUAACAAGAUUUGUCAUGCUGUUUAUUCAGUAACCUCUCCUUUGGAAAAUAUACUUCUAAUCCUGCUCUUUUACUCCUUUUGGGGAAAAACUAGAGGUAAAUGUAAGUGGAUCUGAAAUUAACUAGUUAAAGCUUUUUAAAUGUUGCUAGUAGCAAACUAGAUGUAACUAACAAAUUUAAAUACAGUACAAUACUUACUGCAAAAUAUUUCAUACUUCAAAUGUAUUUCUAUGCAAUUAAUAAAACAGCUCCCGUAAGUGUUUGUAAUAAGUUUCAGCAUUGAUAGGUUUUUUUGUUUUUGGCCUGAGUCUGAGCUAUUUCCCAAUCACUGUCUAACUUUUCAUUUGGAGGACACUACUUGCAUCUUCAGCCUUGUCUGUUGGGAUACUAUUGCGAUUGCCUCCUUGAAAGCUUCUCAAAAGCCCUCCCCUGUAGAAGUGAACUUAUCUCAGAUACUUCCAGUAAUAAGUAGGCCUGAGCAUGGGUAACAUGGCUGGAUGGUUCAAAACUGCUACAUCACUUCAGUUAUCAAAACAGGGAGACACAAAAAUGAUGUGCACAUUGAACAAAGUGUUUGUUUGACUAGAACUGCCCAACCACUGAUUGGUUGGGGUGAAGUUUUUUAAAAAACCAAGACAACACUUAGGUUAAAUUCAAGGUCAUCCAUCCAUCCUUUAUAGUGCAAUACAUACAGCAAAUCACACUGAGCAAACCAAGACUCCCCCGCCCACAGCUCUCCCCCAAAUACCUCUUCAAAACAAUGGAUUUGCAGUAUAUAGUCUGCAUGUGGUCAAGUUCUUCUUGCUCUGAAACAGCAUGUGUGAAUUCUAAAGUCAGACUGUUCUACUUCAGGGAGAAGCCCCCCACCUCAGCAGUUCCUUCUUUGCUGUUACUAUGAUCAUACAUGGCACAGAGAAGGGGCAGUCCUUCAAGGAAGCAGGUUCCAAGACAUUUAAGGCACUUUUUUUUUUUUUUAUAUAAAACCUACCUAUUUUUUUCAGCUGAAAUGUACAGGUCUGCACUAUAACUACUGAUAAGUCUCAAACAUCUAGUGAAACAUAUAUCCCACUCCAUUUAUAAGCACUAUGAGAAACAUGACUGCUUCAGUCUCAAAGCUUUGCUGUUAUGAAGCAAACUUAAGUUGUGAGCAAAAAGCAGAGCCUGCUCACAGAAUCUGGCAAGAACAGGACUUAUAUUGCAGAAACAGAUAUUCCUAAGCAGUGCUAUGCACAAGAACACACACACAGAGACAUUCCAGAAGGAUGGUACCAGAAGACCCCAUACCAAGUAUGGUACAAACACCUCCCUGAAAAGAUAAUGAGAGUAUACUGACCCCUCGUAAAGAUAAGGUCAGGAUGACAAUAUGAUGGAUAUGAUCAAAUCAUCCAUGUAAUGGAUGGUAACAACCCAUGUCAUGGAGCAGUAACGAAUCACAUCAAAGGGGCAAUAUGUAACUUGUUUGUAUUGAUGUAUAAAAUGAAGUCUGAGGGAGUGUCUUUGGCUGGCCUAGGGGAUAAUGGAAAGUCCUGCCAUUAAUUGAGCUAGUCCAUUGCAACGGUGUACCUGUACACUAGGACCAUGCUUCAGUGACAAUAAACCUGACAGUUCUUUCGCUACAAACAGGUCUGUGGUUAUUGGGCAGUGCAAUCAAGGUCUGCUGGACCAACUGUCUGUGCAGAGCUGGGACAGCACACAAAACACACAUGCAGCCGAACAUCUCACCACACUAAGCAGUUUCACUCUUCUGAUACGUAAGAAAAUGGCCUAAACUAAAUUUAAGUAAAUUCAGUAGCAUCUUAAACCCAUCUAAUGGAAGAUCCUCCUUUAGUAAUAAUGAGAUGGUUAAUGUUGAGAAAGAUGGAGUAGACUUAAAGAGCAUUUUAGACAGUUUACCAGUAUACCCUACAACUGCAGACUAAAGCCCUGAUAUCACGAGAUUCAAAUUGUACUGGGUUUUCAUAUCUGACUUAUUUACGAUGAAAAAGUAGACAUUACUGCAAAAGCCAGUUCGCUCUCUGAAAGGAGUCAAAUAGUUUUUUUAAACAAAUAGGCUUUUCUGUUAAUUUCUCACUGCACUAAAAUUAAAUGGUUGGGUUUUUAGUAAUAUGAAGAGUUGCACAGAGGUAUCACCUUUGUAGAAGCUAAUCGCUAUAGCCUACAAUUGAGUGCCAUUUUAAAUAAGGAAGUUGGUAAUGUAAACUGCAAGUUAAAAAUACAAAAUUGAUUACUGCAGCUAGUGUUUGUCAAAGUUUUUACAAUAUUCACACAGAUGGAAAAGUCACUACUGCUCCUACUUUUUUUAAACAAAAUUUUAAUCAAUUCCAAACCGCUACAGUUGGAAUAAUGUACACUGUUGCUCUUAAAUGAAAGCAGAAAACAGCUCUUCUCUGGUAGUGAAGUCUCUCCCCUUUUCACUUCCAUCUUAUCACACAAGAUGUAAUAGUAUUUGUACCACAAAUUUUCAAACUGUAUUUUCAAAUAAGAUGACAACACAGGGUCAGUUUUACUUUAUGCAUGCAAGUCACAUGGAAUUUAGAGCAGGUGCCUUUCCUUUUCUGACAAAAGGAAACUCCAACCAUUUAAUAAAUAGGAGAAUAAAGAACAUGUGUUACCAACUAUCUGAAUAGAGUUGUAUUACAUUAAUUAUCCAAUUAAGUUUCAACCACAACUGUAUAUCCACUCUACUCAACUUUAAUCUCAUUCUGCAGAGACAGACACCUCAUUAGUGAGAGACAACUUAACAGUUUCCAGAAGAAACUGGAUCACUCAAACUAUAUGCUAUAUACGAUUUCAUCCAGGAGACUACAUGGUAAGAUGUCCGCUCAAGGAACCACCUCUCUUCUCACCGAUUUGUUCAUCAGCCGUUCUGUUCUGCAGACUCCAACAAAAGGUUCCACCAGCCAUAAUUUGAGAACCAGUGAGGUAUUGGAUAACCCCUCAACUAAAGGAUAUCUUGUUUCUAUAUCAACUGUUGUGACAGAGUUGUCAUUCUUUCAGCCCCUACAGGCUUUGGCUGUUUGAACCUAAGACACUUUUAUUGCCUUCUCAAGACCUCUCUUAUGGUAGCAACAACUUACGCAGUGGCAGGUGCUGAUAGCAUAGCUUACAUGCUGAGUAGG